AUGCCUGCCGGUCUGGAAACAGCCGCCCACUAUGUCGACGAGCAGCUCAAGCGUUGGAAUGAUGCUCACAAAGGCAAAUACUCGCCAACAACUCUCAAGAAGCUGGAAGAGCUGGAUGACCAGGUGCAAGACCUCUAUGAGGCCAGAUUGUUGCGUGGUGAAGUCAACCCUGGUGAUGGUACCAAGAUUCUUUGCAUUCUGGCGCAGUUGAACGUAAUGAGGGACUGCAUGGAUGAAGUUGACGACAUGGAAAAGGAGUGGGUCUGGAUUGAAACGUCUGAUACAGACGGCUUACCUUUUGGUACGGCAAAUGAUCAACCUGUAGACAUGGUAAAGGGUCUACCUCUGGACAUGGCCAAAGGUCCAACCGAAGACACUGCCAAAUCUCCGGCUGAAGACCUGGCCAAAGCUCCAGCUCAAGACACGCCCAAAGAUCCACCUCAGGACGCAGCAAAGGGUUUGCCUCAAGACAGUGCGAAGGGUACACCUUUAGACACGGAUACCGAUGGUGAGUACGUGAUUGUUGACGAGAACGAGGAGGAAGAUGUGAACGGAAGGAAAGAUCUUGGGGAGCAAGGCGUGCUUGCCACUCUGCAGAAGUACUUGAAGGCCUUGAAGGUUCAUUAG